UUGAGGAAGUCGAAGGAAGGGAAUACAAUUUUUCCAGAAGAGACGGACAGCUAAAACUCACCUCCGCAUUUUUUCAGUAUAACACAUACUCGUUUAAAAUACCUAUUUCAACCAAGUCUUUGAAAAUCUGUAAUAUUUCUAUACUAGUGUUCAAUUUAAUUGGUUUGGAAAGACUUGCUAUUAUUUACACCAUAUUUCAGCGAAGUCGAAAGCUUGCCAAAUUGCCAACUGACCACGGUCCCCAUCUUCCGCAUUCUUAGGUUUAUUCUCUUUCGACCUAAUCGAACAAUUUCCACACCGACCGUCGUUUCUGCUUACCAGUGAGACCGGAAAACUAUUUCAUGUUGCUGUCAGGAAAGCUAUAAUAAUGAAAGCAUGUUGCAGUUACACAGCAGCACAGCAUUUAUGCGGAAAUGGUGAAAACAGAAAACAAAGUGUUUGACUGAGAAACCAGUUCACUGACAAGGAUCCAAAGGAUUUCAGUAAGGCUGAACAAGUCCAAAUGGAGAAUGAAGAGGAAGGCAAACCAACUGACCUGCCAGAUGAGAUUAAGGAUUGGAAUAAACAUCACGUGAAACAAUGGGCUCUCAACAAGGCUUGUGUGGAUGGUGAAUCUGCAAAUAUCUUGCUUCAGCAGAACAUUAAUGGGCCCAGUCUUUUACUUUUAGAAAAAUCUGAUUUACUAGAGGUGGGUGUCACACUGGGGCCUGCAAAGUUGAUCAUUCACAAGAGGGAUGAACAUUUGAAAUUUAAGAAAGAGCAGUUGAGUAGCCCAACAACAAAUCAGUCUGGGAGACCAUGCAAGCCGUACCCUUUUCAUCGACACCAUGAUGCCUGCAGAUACAAGGCGAACAGCGUUCUUGAUGUAACAGAAUCCGGUGCAUCAGACUAUAUCGAACCCUGUCAUGAAUAUAAAGGAUACAUCCAUAUGUCAGAGGCAGCUGUAGAGAGCAAAAUGGAAAAGUUCACUGAUGAGGUUAUUCGAUUUGCAGCAGCCUGCAUGAAUAGCCGCACUAAUGGCACCAUACAUUUUGGAGUUGGUGACAAGCCAGACUUUGUUCAUGGGCAAGUUUUGGGAGUUAGCGUCCUGGAUAAAGAGGCAUAUGUCAAUGCUCUGCCACAAGCCAUUGAGGGUCAUUUUGAGUAUAGACAUAUCCAGACAGCCAAGAUGUGCAUCAAACCACCUCGAUUUGUUGAGGUUCUCAAUCCUGAUAUGACAUCCUCAGAGAAGUAUGUGAUAGAAGUGGACAUCGUGCCAGACUUUGUGAUCUGUCAAGAGAACUUCUAUCACGUUUUCCGCUUGGAUACAAGGAAAUCAAAGAGGAAGUCCAAAAGCAAAGAAACCGAAAAAGAGGAGAAAAAACUCUUCUUCAUUCGUGAUCACAGCAGCAGCAGGGAUCUCCUUGCACUAACCACUUUUGCCAAGCCAAAUGAAGAAUACAAUAGGUUUAUCGACGAUGUGCCACAGCUGUCACUGCUAAGAAAACAAGCGGAGGAAAAUCGCCUUAGUGUGGUUAAAAGUAGUGUCCAGGGCUCCAGACUAAGUGAAAUGAUAACAGGUGGAUCCCAAUCCUUAGACAAGUCCCACUUCGAGCGGUAUUUGAUAGUGACAAACAAAUCACAUUUAGUUCAAUUGGAAUCCCUGGGAUUUAUUCCUGAACUAAACCCAACUGCUGUUUUGGACUUUGACCCUGAGUCGGCAAAACAUGGAUUGAUGAAGCACUUUGAAGAGCAGAGUACAAUAAAUAUCCACUUGCCAGUACAAUAUAAAAUCACAGAGGCUGUCGAGGACAUUGCUAGCAAGCUAAAACUGACUCGAAACACCAGCUGGAUCCUCUGCAAUGGGGGUAUCGAAAGAGAGAGACCCUCAGAUGUAGAUGACUGGUUAAUAGAGAAAGGAGCGUCUGUACGAAAUGUGAUUUCAUUUCUGUGUCGGAAAGACGUGCUACCACACAAGAGAUUCCUGGUUAUUUUUAUAUUGCUAUCUACUGUGAGUGAGAAAAUGGACCCUCUGCUUGAGACCUUCAGCACAUUCUGGCAGGAGCUCAGAGGAACAGAGCAAAUACUUUGCAUCUGUGAAAAUGAAGAAGCAUUCACCUGCUGGAGGGACCUGAUUGAAUCCCGCUAUGGAUUAGACAUUAAAGCAAGAUCAAUCUAUGAGCUCAGUUUUGCUGAAGUUAACGGCACCGUCCUCAGCCUGUGGUCAGACAACCGGAAAUCCAUCCGUUUCCUACCCUGUGGAGGAGGCAGCAAAGUGAUGUUAAAAAAGAAAGAAGAGGGCAGCCUAGACAUCCUGAAUGUGCUGUGUGUGAAUCAGUGUGAGGGAGGAAAUGAAGACAAGGCCAUCAUACAGGAGAAGUUCUACAAAGGAGGAAAGGUGUUAUGGUGGAACUUCUAUUUCUCUGAGCAGCCAGGAUCCAUGCCAUUCAUCAAACGGGACAAGUUUGACUUCAUCAUGAACACUGUCCUACCAGCUUUGAGCUCUUUGAGAAAAGCUUGUGUGUCCUUCAAACUUUUGCAUGUCCCAGGAUGUGGUGGAACUACACUAGCCAUGCAUAUAUUAUGGGCACUGAAAGACAAGUUCCGUUGUGCUGUUCUGAGGGACAGAACCGCGGAUCAUGUUGUUGUUGCCGAGCAGGUGGUCAAGCUACUGAUGUAUGAGACAAAAGAACAAUCGUCCCGGAUUCCUGUGUUGCUCAUGCUAGAUGACUUUGAGGAGAUGGAUGACGCAUAUGAUUUGCAGCAGCUCAUUGAGAAGGAAUGUGUCAAGAAGGACAUUGGAUCUAGGUCCCCGCAGGUCAUUCUACUCAAUUGCAUGAGGGCUGAGUCUUGGGAGAAGACUGAAUCAACUGAAGACACUGUGUUCAUUGGCAAUAACCUCUCUGAAAUGGAGCAGAGGCAGUUCGAGAAAAACUGGAGGAGAUUGAGAAGACCUACAAGAAUGCAGACACAUUCUACGCUUUCAUGAUCAUGAAGAAGAACUUUUCACCCAGUAUAUACAGGGUGUGGCUCGCAACACCCUAAAGAGCUUCAACAUAAAUCACAAACAUGCACAACUCAUUGCUGUUCUGGUCUUGUUGAAUGUCUACUGCAAGGGUGCAACACUCUCAGUCUCUCUCUGUGAAGAGUUUCUUGGCCUCCAGACCAAGCCACAUAGUGGGUCCUCUGAUGUUAAGGCUGGAUUUGGGAAGUUUUCCACUCUAGUGACCUGCUGCACAGAGGAGGCUAAGGUUGUAUUUGAGGCAGUGAGAAUGAUCCACUCAAGCAUGGCCGUGCACUGUUUGAAGGAGCUUACAACCACAUACAGUGUAACCAAAGCAGAGAUCACUGAUCUACUGCUCACCACAGACAAGCUUUAUGAGUGCAUACAGGGCAAAGAUAAACUCAUGAAGGAUGUUCACACCAUGUUAGUGAAAAGACAUCACUCAGUCAAGGGUGAAGAUUCUCAAUUUUCACCUCUCAUCCAGGAUAUUGCAAAGGAGACACCAGGUGUUGAAGAAAAUGUUCUAUUCAAUGCAGCCAAGCGCUUUGAAAAAGAUGCUGUCAUCUCUCAGCUUCUUGCCAGAUACCAAUACCUGAAGAAAAGGGAUUUCAGGGAGGCAAAGGACUGGGCAAAGAAUGCGAAAGAUCUUUCCAGAGAUAACUCCUACAUUUCUGACACAUCUGCACAAGUGAUCAAGCAUGAGCUAAAGAGUGAAAUACAAAGUGACAAAGAAGAUC